UGUGGGAAGACCCAGAUGGAAUUCCAGGCUCCUGGCCCUGGGCUAGUUCUGCCCAGGACGUGGUAGGCAUUUAGGAGGUAAAUCAGUGGAUGGGAGUUCUCUGUGUGUGUGUCCAACUCUUUUAAAUAAUGAAUAUAUCUUUCUUUUAAAAUUCUCUUGCAAAUACCUUAAUUUUACCUAUAUCCCUGGAGGUCGUUUCUGUGUGCUGUUUUGUUUUUGCUGCACACUGAAUUCUGGGUUGACAGUUCUUUUCUUUCAGUACUUAAAAAAUGUUGCUUCACUUCCUGUUGGCUUCUGUGGGUUUUGUCGAGAAGCCUCUGGUCACAGAGUCCGUAUUUCCCCGUAAGUCGCUCAGCGCUUGGCUGCAGCUGUCCUCAAGGUGCGCUCUUGGUCUGUGGGUUUCGGUGGUUUUGUUGUGAUGUGUGUAGGUGUGGCUGUCUCGGGUUAUCCUGUUUGGGGGCAUGGAGCCUCUUGAAGCUCUGGGUUUGUGUCCUCGGGCAGAUGAAAGCAUGUUUUGAGCCCGCCCUCUUCUUUGUCUUUAAGGACCCCAGUGACCGUCUGGUGUUUGGUGUUGUCUCACGAACCCAGGCCUGUUCCAUUCCCAACUUCUUUUCUCUGCUCUGUCCUUCAGAUCACCUUAGUUCUAUUAGUCUGUCUUCUUCUCACUGACUCUCUUCUUUGUAACCUUUAUCUUGCUAUUGAGCUGAUCCAGUGUUUAAAAUGUAAAAUUUUCAGCCAUUAUAUUUUGAGUUCUGAAAUUUCCACUUGAUUCUCCUUGAUAUCUUCUGCUUGCUUCUGGAGGAUUUUUAUUUAUUUUUAAUUUAAAAAAUGUGUUUAACAAGCAGAUAAACAGCCAAUAGAACAAUGGUCUGAGAGAUCCCACCCUCUGGUUCCCUGCCUGAAUAUUCUUGACACGGACUGGACAAGGUCAAAGCCAGGAGUCAGGUGCUUACCCCAGGUCUCCCACGUGGGUGGCAGGGACCCAAUAACUAGAACUGUCACCGUUUGUCUGCUAGGGUCUGCGUUAGCAGAAACUGGAAUUAGGAGCCCGGGCAGCUGUCAGGCCCAGGACUUCUGAGGGAUUGUCUGAACUGCUGGGCCAAACAGGAGCCUGUCCAAGACUCGCUGUCUUAUGUCAAGAUGUUCCCCGUUGUUUCUGAAUUGUUUUGAAAUAAUUACUGCCUUCAAGUUUGGUCUGUUAAUUCCAGUCACUGUGUCAUCUCAGAUAAUCUGUUAUCUUCGCCUGUGAGUCCUUAGUGUUCUGCAUCCUUUUGAAUUGAUCGUUAGCAUUUUCUUCUAAUUUUUUUUUUGAAAGCCAGAGUUACAGAGAGAAGCAGAGACAUAGAGAGCAAUUUUCCAUUCUCAGGUUCACUCCCCAGACGGCCACGACAGUCAGAGCAAAAUCAGUUUGGUCAGGAGCCAGGAGCUUCCUCUGCGUCUUCCGUGUGGAUGCAGGGCCCAGGACCUGAGACGUCUGUUGCUUCCUCAAACCAUGCCUUAGAGCCACGUGAGCUGAACGGGGACACGCCCUGGUGUGCUGGUGGGCUCCAUUGACACGGCCACCAAGUCUUCCUCCUCAUCGGCCCACCACCCUUGAGCUAUGGAGGCUGCGGAGGUCCCUGUGGGCUCCCUCAUUGACUUUGGGACUGACACCCCCACCUCCUGUCCGCUGGAGGCACCCCCUUCAGCACCGCAGGACCGGGAUGGGGAUGGCUCCCUGGAUGACGGCGCGUCCGAGAGCGAGACCACUGAGUCAGCAGACAGUGAGAACGACAUGGGCGAGUCCCCUUCCCACCCGUCCUGGGACCACAACCGCCGCUCCUCCUCCAAUGAGUCCUUCUCCUCCGGCCAGAGCACUGAGUCGGCACAGGACGAGGAGACUGUGGCACUCCGAGAGUUCAUGCGCAGCUAUGUAGAGAAGAUCUUUUCUGGAAGGGAGGACUUGGAGCAGGAGGAGAAAGCCCAGUUUGGAGAGUACUGCAGUGGUGACAGCGGCCAAGGGCGUGAGUGGUUUGCCCGCUACGUGAGUGCCCAGCGCUGCAAUUCCAAGUGUGUCUCGGAGGCCACCUUCUACCGCCUCGUGCAGUCUUUUGCCGUGGUGCUGUUUGAGUGCCAUCAGAUGGAUGACUUCGGGCCUGCCAAGAACCUCAUGACGAUGUGUUUCACUUACUACCACAUUGGUAAACCGCAGCUGCUCCCCUCCGAGUCCAAGGAGAAGCCUGUGGGGAGCAUCGACGCCUACUUGAAGUCCGCCAACAGCUGGCUGGCUGAGAAGAGGGACAUCGCUGCACGGCUGCUGAAGGACACCCCUGCCAGCACCGAGAACGCCAAGGGCUUCUUUGGGGGGCUGGAGACCAAGCUGAGGGGACCCCUGAUCAAGAGAAAUGAGGACGACGAGAACAAGCCCAAACAGAAGCUGCCCAAGACUGUGACGGUGUGCAGCCCCGAGGACGAGCGCAAAGGGGAGAAGAUCUACCUGUACACGCACCUGAAGCAACAGCCCAUCUGGCACACGCUGAGGUUCUGGAAUGCAGCCUUCUUCGACGCUGUGCACUGCGAGAGGAGAAAGCGGUCCCCCACCACCAGAGGGGAUGCUGGAGAGGAGGAGGAGAAGAGGGAGAAGUGGUGCCACAUGACCCAGGAGGAGCGCGAUGACAGCCUCCGCUUCAAUGAGAACAUCACCUUUGGGCAGCUGGGCACGUUUACUCACAACAUGUUGGCCUUUGGCUUGAAUAAGAAGCUGUGCAAUGACUUUCUGAAGAAGCAGGCUGUGAUUGGCAACCUGGACGAAGAGCAAUACAAGCUGCUUAGUGACCACAUUGAGCAGAUGGCCACUGAAUAGAGGACGGAGGGCACACCCUGCUUUCCUGGGCCAGCGACUGGCCGUCUCCCUCAAUGACCCUGCAUGACACCAGCAGUGCCCACAGCCACUCCUCGCUGCCCUCAAACUCUCAGAAGAAUCCAGCGCCUGUGCUCCCAUUGGCCUGCACCCGCUCCCCCAUCCCCAUGCCAGAGUGUCCCUCGGAUCAUGCAGUAAGAGCUGAGGUGCCCGUCUGCACCCCUGUGCCAGUCUUGGGAGAUGAGACUGAGGGGGAGGAGGAGGGAAAGGAGGAGGCCUUUGGGUGAGGCGGCACGGGGCGCUGUUGGCCUAGGUCCCAUCUGAGGAGCACAGGGGUGAGGUGGAACUGUGUGCAUGCAGAGGCGACCACCUGCAGUGGGGCACAGAGCAGGCUUGCGCUGGCCUGCCCAGGACUGCAGCUGGGUGAUGUGCCCUUCAAUGGGAACAGACACUGGUGCAGAGGACACUGCCUCUGUCCUAGCAAGGCCUACCCCCGCCACAGGGUUAGGAGGAUCCAGCCGGCAUCCCCGGCCACCAGGCUCUCGCUGGGCGUCCUUCAGGGCCAUCCGUCAGCUGGAAGCCUGCUCUGAGGCUGAGUCACUGCAGCAGUGUUCUGCUUUGAGUCCCAGGCACGGAGCGCAGAGGACAGAGGCUUCUUCAGGAACUAUGAGAACGCCAUCCUUCCUAAAUCAGACAUCGUCGCUGCUCAUGCCAGAGGAGGCAGGGCGGAGGCGAGGGGACGGGCUGCGGCUGCUCAGGCCAGCUAGCACUGUGGACUUGGCAACACCUCCAGGCCCUGGGCACAGGGCCCUUCACAUCCCUGUGCAGCCCAGGCCUUCGUGUUUCUCUCUUACCCUGCAGAUGCUCCCUUCAUGUUGUCUCUGGUGCCAGAAACCACGCACUGCUCUGUGCGCCGUGCCAGGCACAGCGGGCCGACCGUAACCCCGAGCUCCCCGCCGCAGCAGCCAGCAUGCUGGCCCCGGAGCCUGUGGUUUCACCCUGCAAAUGUUGCUGAUUAGCCCUGGCUCGCUCUGCCUCCUGCCAUAGCAGUCUGCUCACUGACCCUGACACGGGCCCCUGGGCUCUCCUCCCCACCCGCCAGGCAUCUCCCACACUCCGCCGUCUUCCCUCACGGCCUCCUCCAGCAUUCAAUCAAAUUAAAUUACUGUCUCAUUUGUGA